CUUUUGUCUUUUAUAUUUUCUUAUUUCCACUUGCGCGCUCUUCAUAUAAAAAGUCUGUUUGAUCAGCUCUCUACCGUGCAGACGCGCCGAAUCGCACAAGAUGGCCGAACCAGCACCAACACAGGUCGUCGCGAGGCCGAUGCAUGCCGGCAACGUCGCAAAUCGUGGAGAAAAAAAGAGACUUGCAGAAGCACAGAAGAAGUACGGGCGUGGUGGUCCUAUUAGGAUGCAUACUGUGAAGGACAAGAAGCUACGACAUAAUCUGAAAACCCUUGAAUCGAAGUACAAGACGGCCGCUCUCAAGGCAAAAGAUGCGGAGAUCCUUCUCGAACAUGAAGCGGGCUUCCUCGAACCCGAAGGGGAGCUGGAAAGAACAUACAAAGUUCGACAGGAUGAGAUUCAGCAGAAUGUUGGUAUCGAGACGGCGAAGAAGGGGUUCGAGCUGAAACUGGAGGAGCUAGGCCCGUAUCGGGCUGAUUAUACAAGGAACGGUCGGAGCUUGCUCCUAGCAGGGCGAAAGGGUCAUAUAGCGACCAUGGAUUGGCGGAAGGGCAAGCUGGGCUGUGAAAUCCAACUGGGAGAGACCGUCAGAGAUGCGAGGUGGUUGCAUAACGAUCAGUACUUUGCCGUUGCGCAGAAGAAAUAUGUUUACAUCUACGACCAGAACGGUGUGGAGUUGCAUUGUCUCAGCAAGCACGUUGAGCCUCUAUAUCUCGAGUUUCUUCCUUAUCACUUCUUGCUCGCAAGUGCUCAAAUGAGCGGCCACCUCAAAUAUACAGAUACAUCGACCGGCCAGAUGGUGGCGGAAUUGCCCACUCGUCUUGGUUGCCCAACGUCCCUCUGUCAGAACCCGUGGAAUGCCAUUCUCCACGUUGGACAUCAAAACGGAACCGUUACAUUAUGGUCACCAAACUCCCAGACGGCUCUCGUGAAAGCCCUUGUCCACCGCGGUCCCGUGCGGUCACUUGCGGUCGACAAAUCAGGCCGUUACAUGGUCUCCACAGGACAAGACCUGAAGAUGAACGUGUGGGAUGUUCGAAUGUUUAGGGAAGUGCACUCGUACUCAUGUUUCCAGCCCGGGUCCUCUGUUGCGAUCAGCGACCGAGGUCUUACGGCGGUUGGCUGGGGCACUCAAGUCAGCAUGUGGCGUGGUCUCUUCGACGCCGCUCUUGCAGACCAAGGCAAGGUCAAAAGCCCUUAUAUGGCCUGGGGUGGUGAUGGACAUCGUAUCGAGAACCUCCGUUGGUGCCCCUAUGAAGAUGUCUUGGGGGUGACCCACGACAAGGGCUUCUCUAGCAUCCUUGUUCCUGGAGCGGGAGAACCCAACUUCGACGCUCUAGAAGCGAACCCGUAUGAAAACACGAAACAACGCCAAGAGGCCGAAGUCAAGGCCCUGUUGAACAAGCUGCAACCAGAAAUGAUCUCGCUGGACCCCGACUUUGUGGGCCGGCUGGAUACGAUCAGCGACAAGAAGCGCCAGGAGGAGCGCGACCUUGACAGAAAACCCGAAGAUCCGAUGGAGAAGUUGAAAAACCGCGGUCGUGGUCGCAACAGCGCGCUGCGGAAGUACCUUCGCAAGAAGGGCCGAGGCAAUGUUAUUGACGAGAAACGGCUGAGGGCCGAAGCUCUCCGGAAAGAGCGUGCGUCCCGGACAAAGGAAAGACUUCAACAAGAACGGGAAGAACUGGGCCCUGCAUUGGGCCGGUUUGCCAAGAAAGAAAUAUGAUUUGGUCGUUGCUGUUUUCUCAUAUUUCUCCCGUUCUCCAUGGAGGGGAAAGCCAAAAGAAAAGUUGUCCAGAUACCCUUUGUCUAAAAUGUUUAUUUGCUCUGCAUUUCGAGGCGUUGGUAUUCGGUCACUACUCAAGCUACUGUGUAUUAUUAUAGGAAGGGGUUUGAAAAAUCGUCGUGUCUGCAAUGAAUAUAUAGACCUUGUUAUUACGAAAAGAGGACAAGAAGGAGAAAUUAAAACGACUCUAUACGC